UUGCUCUGUCGCUCGCUCUGCUCUUCAUUGUGCGGCCGCCUCUCCCAUCUGCUACGUUUACUUCUGUGUCCUCUUAAGAGCCUGUGCAUGUCCCGAAACACACAAGGGGAUGCAGCAUCGUGGCCAGAGGAGUACAAAAAAAGGAGAGAGAUUGUCUGGGAUUAGUUGUGACUGUUUCACGGUGCAGCGACGGUGACUGGAUGGCUCUCUGUUUUCACUCGGCCCUUUAGACGCCUUAGGCGCUUUUAACAGUUUAUUUUUCCUGCUUAUUGUGUGCCUAGUUAUUUAUGGGGCCGUUUGCUACAAUAUACUCUCCAGGCCCCUGUCUCAGACUUGGGCUAGAAUUUUAAAUAAAAGGUGGUUUCCGAGCCCUAGGGAUGCAAUUAUAUAUUUAAGCUUCAGUUUAGACUGUCUUCACAGGAUGGGAAAGAAUAGAAUUCUGGAACAUUUCUGCCCAGGGAUUUUCAUGUGAGAAUAACCCCAUUUGGAAGGAACACUUGAAGAAGAUCCUUAAAAAUGUUUUAAAAUUGCUUGCUGUAAACCGAGUGCUUGUUCUUCCUUACUGGAAUAGUUUUCUUUCCCGUUUGUGAGAUGGCACGCACGCAUAUGUGUUUAAAACCGAUGUUUAAUUAUGGUGAUACCAAUUUGCAGUAACCAGACUGUGACACCACAUCCCUAUGGGGUCCUUCUAAAUCUGGUGUAAUAUGAAAGUGUCAGGCAGGCGGUCUGUGUAUUAUAAAUAGGGUACUUCAUCCAUGAUAAGCGAUUAUUAUCUUUCUUUCCCAAGUGUAAAAGACCUACAUAAUUCAAGAAGGUGCCGGUGAUUUAGGCCUCCUGAGUAUGAAUCCAAUGAGUCCUGAAGGGGACCCUACCUGUGUCAUCUUAGUGUUCAACUUGAACUAUUCAAUUUAUUAGAUUGGAAUGUAUUUUUAGAAGUCAACGCAGGAUAAAGCAAUGUUGGAAGCCAUUAGACCACCAGAACAAUUUUACACUGCAUAGUAGCCUUUGUUCAAUAAACCUUCAUCCACAUUAAAAGAAGAAAUGACUGAAAUUUCACAAAUUACCGCUGACUGGGUGACAUCUCUGUCCCUCAAUUUCAUCAUCUGCAAAAUGGACAAAAAGUUCCUGAAUGGCCAGCAACCCUGGAUGUGAUGCAGCUUUGGGUACUCAGAACCCACUGCUUUCAGGGAGUCCUCGCACGAAGAAAUUCCCACUAACUGAAGAGGAGGUGUUUUAUAUGAACUGUAGAGCCGCCUACUUAACUAUCUUCAAAAGCAGCUUGGAAAACAUUAUUUCUAAAGAUCAACUUUACCUAGCUCUUCAACAUGCAGGAAGAAAUCCAUCCCAAAAGACCAUUAAUAAGUAUUGGACUCCUCAAACUGCCAAACUAAAUUUUGAUGAUUUUUGUAUAAUUUUAAGCAAGGAAAAGCCUACUUCAAAAGCAGAAUUGCUAAAAUCAUUUAAAAAAUUAGAUGUAAAUGAUGAUGGCGCUAUUCUACACUCUGACCUUCAUAAAUAUCUAACAAAGAGAGGUGAGAAGAUGACUCAGGAAGAAGUGAAUGCUGUUAUAAAUUUGGCUGAUAUAAAUGCUAAUGGAAAGUUUGACUACGUUAAGUUUUGUAAAUUAUACAUGACAACCAGUGAGCAAUGUCUCAAGACUACACUAGAAAGACUGGAGGCCGAUAGUAAACUGAGGCGUCAACAAUUUGGAAGCCAGAUGGAAGGAUCCCCUGAAAGGGGUCCGUCACCAGCACCAAAACCGUCACCUAGGGUCAUAAGAAAAAAUGACCAAGAAACACUCUCAAGCAAAGGUGACACAAGCCAUGCCUUACUGUCAACAACUAGAAAGUUCAAAACAUCUGUUUCCUUCACAAUGACCAUGAGUGCUAACAGUAACCAAGACUCAACAUUAACUGAGCCAAACUUAAAGGAUUGGCAGUGUGCACAGUCAAAAGGCUGCUUCUUUUUAGAAGAAGACGGUGAAGUUGUCAGUCAUCAGUACAAAAUGCACAUAGCUCAGAGAUCUGUGCUUUACCUAACAAUUAAGCCAUUAUAUCUGAGUCAAGUGGAAGGAAAACGUUGCCCCUGGUUAUCGGUUGACACAGCCUUAUAUAUUCUUAAGAAAAAUGAGAAUCCAGCAGAGCCACAGCUCAUGUGCUUUACCGAACUACGAAACAGAGAAGUGUUUGGAUGGACUGGUGAACUAGAAGCAGGAAUUUAUUGGUUAAUUCCUUCCACAACUGGCUGUAGGCUAAAAAAAGAAACAAAACCAGUAACAGAAGAAGCCCAGCUUGUACAUAGAGAUGAAACAGGGGAAUUAUCUCUUACAAGUGAGUUUAGGUCAACUUUAUCAGAGAUAUUUGAAGUAAUUGAUUUAGAUGGCAAUGGUCUGAUUAGCCUUGAAGAGUACAAUUUUUUCGAAUUGAGAACAAGUGGUGAGAAGUGUGAUGAGGACGCCUGGGCUGUCUGCAGAGAAAACUUUGACACAAAGAAGAAUGAAUUAACAAGACAGGGCUUUAUGGACUUGCAUCUGAUGGAAGCAAAUGACCGAGAAGGAGACCCUCUUGACCUGUGGGUGACUCUGCAUUCCAUGGGCUAUAAUAAGGCUCUGGAGCUGACAGAGGCAUGCCCAUUUGUCAUCAAUAUCUACGCUGAAAGAUGCAAGCCAAGAAUCAAAGCUGUCCAUAUGGAGGCAUGCAGUGGGCAACUUGAGAAGGCCAUUUGCAAAUCUGUCCUUGAUAGAAGCGAUGCUAAAGUCAUGGAUGGCUAUGAAAAUAUAAUCGUACAUACUUGCAAUUAUGACACAUGGAUAACAUCAAUUAUUGAAAAUAAGUCAGAUAAUAAAGUGAUUAUUCACAUCAAUAACGAACUGAGUAAAAACUGUGUCAACAACAGAGGACUCAACAUCUUUGCAGUAGAAGUAGCACCAAGAUCUACAAUGGUUUGUCAACAUGUAAUGCCCCUGAAUGAACAACAAGAAUGGAUAUAUUGUUGUGUGUAUUCUCUUGUAGCUUAAAUAAUUCCAUUUGGAGCUAUGAAACUGAGAAGUAUUUUAGAUCAACUGUUUUAUUUAUUAACUACAUACUUUUCCAUGUAACUGGUGUACUUAAUAAUCUGUUUCAUUUCUAUGCAUUUAUAUUUUAUGUCAGUGUUUUAUAUUUUAUUAUUAAAAUACAAUAGUGUUUU